CGUAGUAUUUCGUAAAUCUGUAUCGACACACAGAAAGAACUGAUAUUUUGGCUACAGUUCUACACUUGUAAACAAGCAAACAACCUGUCAUAAAUCGUAAACACCAGACUUUACGAAUUCAGCAACGAAGGCAAUAACAAAUAUUAGAUAUGGAUGAAUUUCGCCUGAGGAAAUUGAAUAACACAAUGUAAAAGUGAGGAAAUGAAGUUUUGACAGAAGAUGUUGACAUUACAGCCUGGUGUUCGAUACGGUGUGAGAAAAUCUCUUGCAAGAUGGUUUUCAUUGGGUCGACAUUGGAUUUUAUCUGGAAGAAGAGCGAUUCUCACGUUGAUAGCUCUUUUUAUUUUCUUCAUCGUUGCACGUCACUUGCGGGUGUUUGACAUCCUCGGCUAUGGCGUAUCGUAUGUUAAAAUAAUUCUCUUCCUUUUAAAACAAGACAACCAGCAUUACUACGAUGUUAUGGUACAAGAAGCUCGGAUCUUAUGGGACUUGCACGUUUUUCAGAAGAAAUACAUGGUGGACUGGUGCACGGAGGUGCCUCAUAGGGACAACAUCACUUGGUUGAUAACUUUGAACAAUGAUGAUUUAGCUACAGGAGCUGUAGCGCUUGGUUAUAUAUUGCAAAGAUUCUCAUGUCAUAGGAAGCUUACAGCAUUAGUAACGAAAGAUCUUAGUGAAAGUACUCGGGAUGUUUUGAAGAAGGUGGGUUAUGAGGUUAUGUUGGUUGAGGGUCUGGAUUGUAACUGGAUGGACCGAAGAAAAGGGAACCCAGGAACAAACAUGGGUAUUCCAGGCACCCACACACGCUUCCAUGCCUGGAAACUCGAGCAAUAUGAAAAGAUUGUCUACGUGGACACCGAUUUUCUUCCCCUCGUCAGCAUCGAUGAACUUUUUGACGUUCCUGCGGAAUUCUCAGCCGUUUAUCACCGUCAGCCUGGAAUAUUUGACACGUGUUUCAACGCUGGAAUCCUUUCUUUCAGACCAUCGAAACAAGUGUUUGAGGAACUGAUAAGCACUUGGACGGAAAUGACCGAUACAAUUGGCUGUCCACACGACCAGAGAGUUCUUUGGUAUUAUUUUGCUUUUCAAGGUCGAUGGAACCCGCUGCCAUAUGUCUACAAUGUUUGGAGACUUUCGUUUUACCCUCUCAAAGGAAUCUGGAGUCCGUUGGUUCGAUCUUACAAAAUUGAUAAUAGUUUAUAUUAUCCAAUGAAAGCCUAUCAUUUCGCUGGGUUUGGUGUGAUAAGAAAACCGUGGGAGGUUAAAAAAAGACCUUCAAGAGGAGAGUCGUCAGCAUUUACCGGGCCACUUUUGAAACGCGAAGACACAAUCGCUUUAUGGUGGCAGAUGUUUUACGAAGCAAUCGAUGAGUUUGACCUUCAAGAAUGGUGGAAAAAAACGAAGAUUUACAAAAACACCUAGCUGGAUAUGUUACAAUUUAAUUUUUAAUUUUAGGUAAUUUAUUUCAGAUUUUAUUACAAUGAAUAUAGAUA